ACAGAAGUUACCGGCGAGCAACCAGACGACUGGGGUGGCCAUCCAGCAUAAAUAUUUCCACUCUACCAUACUUCCUCUGACAAAAGCAAGCAGUUCCGUCGUCUCUAGAGCCAAGAGCCUGCAUAGAGUUCGAAGCCCACAACAAGGCAGAGCACGCCGGAAUCUCUCCGAAUGGCCGAGGAGAACGAAGGCGGCUCGCCCCAGCCGCCGUCCAAGCUGCCCCGCCUCUCCGCCGCCGACUCGAAUGCCGGGGCGGUGACGAUGGCGGUCUCGUCGCCGUUGGUCCUCGGGCUGGGCCUGGGUCUCGGCGGCGAGAGCCGUGGUGGCGUGGAGGCGCAGGCUCAGGCGAGGGCGAAGUCGGCGCUGACGUUCAUGCAGCAUCAGGAGCUUGAGCACCAGGUGCUGAUCUACCGCUACUUCGCGGCGGGCGCGCCCGUGCCGGUGCACCUGGUGCUCCCCAUCUGGAAGAGCGUCGCCGCUUCCUCCUUCGGGCCCCAGCGCUUCCCCAGUUUGGCAGUGAUUGGGCUGGGGAGCCUGUGCUUCGACUACCGGAGCAGCAUGGAGCCGGAGCCCGGGCGGUGCCGGCGCACGGACGGCAAGAAGUGGCGGUGCUCGCGCGACGUGGUGCAGGGGCACAAGUACUGCGAGCGGCACGUCCACCGCGGCCGCAGCCGUUCAAGAAAGCCUGUGGAAGGAGGAGCCGCCUCCGCGUCCACGCCCGCCGCCCCGGCGCAGAACGGCGGCAUCACCGCGCCGCCCUGUGGCCUCGGCUUCUCCCCCGCCGCCGCGCGCGCCACCUGAGCUUGUUCGUGCCGUCAUGGCGCGCGCGCGGGGUGAAAAAGAAAAGAAAAUUCUUGUAGUAACGAAAUCCGCAGGGAUUUUUGUCGCGUCGUGUGGUAGCUAGCUAGCUUUCCGUCGGCAACUUUUUCAGAAGAACUACUAGGAUGGAUGGAUAAAUCUGCAGAGUUGGACGGCA